AUGGCGCUCUUGCAGCUCAUCACGGCAUUCUUCUGCACUCCAGUGUUAGCAGGGGGUCUCCAACUUCUCCCUCCCACCCUCCGAACUUCGGAAUCCUCUCCAGGCACUGUGUGGCACGUCAAUAAAAGCCCAAAGACCAUCUACAUCGAGGAAAGUUUAGCCUCCAAAGCCGAUACAGAUGGCUUGACUCUAAUUCCACCAAGCGGCCACGACUUUGCGAAGCUCUUCCAACAAGACAUUAGCGAGCUUACAGGCGUCAACUGGACAUUACAGCGCGUCGAUCGUCUCCCCAACCCCACUAACGCCAGUGGCAUUCUUCUCGGCUCUUUCACCAGCAACACCUCGUCGCUCACCUAUGAAAAUGGCAAUCCUACGUCAGAAGGUUAUGAGCUCGUCGUCUCCCCGUCUGGCGCGUUCAUCGGCGGAACAGGCGCGCGGGGGAUGUGGUGGGGGACCAGAACCUUGCUCCAGCUCCUGCUGGUAGGGAACGGGACUCUGCCCACAGGGCGAUCGGUUGACGCGCCGGCCUAUGCCACGCGAGGCUUUAUGCUCGAUGCCGGACGCAAGUGGUACGCGCCCGCUUUCCUCAAGGAGCUGUGCAGCUUCGCUUCCUUCUUCAAGAUGAGCGAGUUUCACUAUCACCUCAGCGACAACUACCCGCUCAACCGCGGGCAGAACGCGUCAUGGCAAGAUGUCUACUCCCACUUCUCGCUGCGGCCGGAAGAUGAGAAUUUGUUGCCGAUCCUUCACGGUCGGGAGAACGAGACCUUGUCCCGAGAAGACUUUGCCGAUCUUCAGAGUCAUUGCGCGUCAAGAGGUGUAACUGUUAUCCCGGAGAUCGAAGCACCAGGGCAUUGCCUCUACCUCACCAAGUGGAAGCCCGAGCUCUCAUUGACGAAGCGCGACUUGCUCAACUUGUCUCAUCCGGAUACCAUCCCAACUGUCAAGCGUAUCUGGUCGGAGUUUCUUCCCUGGUUCGAGACGAAGGAAGUUCAUGUCGGCGCAGACGAAUACGAUGCGACGCUGGCUGACGAUUACAUUGGCUUUGUGAACGAGAUGUCUUCUUUCAUCAACUCCACUACCGGUAAGAGAAUUCGGAUAUGGGGAACAAACGAGCCAUCCGAAAACAAGACUAUCUCCAAAGACGUAGUCAUUCAGCACUGGCAGUACGGCGAAUCGGACCCGGUUCUGCUAGCAAACAAUGACUACGAUAUAAUCAACUCCGAGGACUGGUGGGCAUACAUGUCUCUUAAGAACGACCACAUGCCAAUUCUGCCUGCUCGCUACCCCCAAUUUUACAACGAAACUCGAGUGCUCAACUUCGCCAACGAGCCUAAGUGGCAGUGGACACCGGCGGAUUUUAACCCGUUCAACAAGACCAUGCAGUUAUCAGAUAGUUCACCGGCAAACAGAGGUGCCAUUCUUGCGGCUUGGAACGACAACGGCCCGGAUGCCUCUACCCAGCUGGAGGCGUACUAUGCCAUGCGCCGAGGCAUAGCGCUGGUCGGAGCACGCGCGUGGAGUGGCAGCCGUGGCGCACAGCUCGUAGACGAAGGGGUUGCGCCUAGCAUUGACUUCUUCACGCCUCUCGCACCGGGGCAGAAUCUUGAGCGUAUAGUGACGAAGUCCAAGCCUACAUGCAAAGGGCCAUUAGUCUCAUGGUCUCGUUCUACCAAUGAGUCUGAGGCAGUACACCUUGGCCAUGGAAGUAAGGGCAUGAACUAUACCCUGACGCUGGCUGUCACUGGACCUUUCACACUGUCCGGUCCUGAUACCGCUCUCGCAUUAGAUGAAGGUGGCAGCCUCUCAUUCACUGCGGACGGAUGGCCUUAUCCUCUUCGGUCCGUGAGCGCACAAGAUGCUAUGCAGCUUGACCCUGGGCACCCAGGCCGGAUUUGGUCGAACGUGUCUACUUCGACACACGAGGCAGUUACGAUAUCGAAGCUCCCUGCGAGCGUCACCAUCGUCACAGACGUGCUCCAUGGAAGCAUGGCCUGGAUCAAUGGACAGUUCGCAGGGCGUUUCGAAGUGUUUGUGUAUGGGGGUCGUAACACACUUUUGAGCUGGAGCCAAAUGGCCUUCGUUGCGCCGUUGGAAGAUGUACGUGGCCCUGGGAUACAGAGUCUUGUGGUCGACAACGUUGCCCAUUUUACGAAUUAG